AUGGCUUUCUUCGGCUUCCGCGCAUACCCGACUCCGCUCGUCAAGCCCAUGUGGCCCUUCUUCAUCGCCGCCGGUGUCGUAUUCUACGGUGUCAACAAGCUGCAGGACAUGGCCGUCUCCACCGAGGAGGCUUCCAAGGACCCGCGUAACCCUUACGUCGACUUGUUGCCCAUGAUUGACAACAGGAGUGAAGGGACAGGGAGUGCUGCAGGAAAUAUUGCGUUCGCAUCCAAGACGGCAUUCAGCGAGAGUCAGCACAGCCAACGACUGGCCUAUUGGGUCGCCUACCGUCUCCACUUUGACAGCUGCGCUCCAUGUGUAGAGCGAGAGAGAUUCGACCCUAGCAACUGUCUACCUCGCUGA